AUGUUACGCUUACCGAGCGAGCUUCUCCUGAUCAUCGCCGCAGAGCUUGAGAAAGAAAAUUAUAUCGGCGCGCUAGCACAGACUAACCACCGUUUUUUCUCUCUCUUGAAUGAUUUCCUUUACCGUCGCAAUGUCCGACAUUCCUCUGGCUCGGCACUGCGAUGGGCUGCUAUUCAUGGUCAGAAGACGACAGCUAAAAAAGCCAUAUCGGCCGGGGCCCAAGAGAUUGGCGUAGCUGAGCAGGCUCGCUGGGUCGGCGAAGCUCUACGUGAUUCCUUGGAGAAUGGGCACGCGGACGUCGCAAGGAUCCUACUACUAGAUGUCGACGAGGUCGAUGGGAAUUUUUGUUUAUCUGAUGACCCUACUACGCCGUUGCAUUUUGCUGCAACUGGAGGGUAUGCGGGCAUUGUCAAGCUUUUGUUGGACAUGAAGACGGUUGAUAUCAAUUCGAGAGAUAAGCAUGGCCGUACCCCGCUAUCACGUGCUGCUGCUCAUGGUCGCGAGUCCGUUGCUAAGCUUCUGUUAAUUUCUGGGGCCGACAGCAAUUCAAGAGACUUGGAUGGCCGCACGCCGCUUUCAUGGGCUGCGUCCUGCGGCCGACAGUCGGUUGUCAGCCUUUUGCUGAAUUUCGGAGCCGAUGUCAAUUCAAGAGACAACAAGGGUCGUUCACCGCUGUCGUUCUCUGCUGCCACGAAGGGCAGCGAGGCCAUUUCCAAAAUAAAGAGCCGAGAGUCUAUUAUCAAGCUCCUGCUGGCGUUCGGGGGUGAGAUUGAUGCAAUGGACCAGAAUGGCUGGUCACCUCUAUCGUGGGCUGCCGACUCCAAGGGUUGUCAGGCUAUUGUUAAGCUCCUGCUGGAUUCAGGGGCCGAAAUAAAUAACCAUGGCGUGACACCACUUUCACGCGCCGCAGAAAGAGGCUACGAGCCUAUACUCGAACAACUUCUACAUUUAGGUGCCAAGGUCGAUUUGAGAUUGGGUCAUAAUCCGACAGCGCUAUUAGCGGCUGCUAAAAAAGGCUGCAUCUCAAUUUUUGAGCGCCUACUGGACAAUGGGGCCGAUAUCUCUUCAAGAGACAAUGAUGGACGCACGCCGCUAUCAUGGGCCGCUGAAAAAGGCCGCGAGACUAUUUGCAAGAUUCUACUUGAUAUGGGAGCGGAGAUCAACUCAAGAGACAACAAUAGGCGCACACCGCUAUCAUGGGCUAUCGGAGAGCCAACUUUCAAGCUCUUACUGGAUCUAGGGGCUGAGAUUAAUUCAAGAGACAAACAUGGAUGUACGGCACUAUCAUGGGCCGCUAAAAAGGGCCACGAGUCUACCUGCAAGACCCUACUGACUGCAGGGGCUGCAGUCGAUUCGAAAGCACUAUCAGCAGCUGCUGGGGAAGGGCAUGAGUCUAUUGUCAAGCUUUUAGUCGAGUCAGGGGCCGAAAUUGACACUAGGGAAGAGUAUUAUGAAAAGAAGACACCAUUGUCAUUGGCCGCAGAAGGUGGUCAUGAAGGUAUUGUCAAGCUUUUAUUUGAUUCAGGGGCCAAAAUCGACUCGAGAGAUGAUUGUGCUAGGACACCUCUAAUACUGGCUGCAAACAAGGGUCACAAAAAUGUGGUCAGUUUCCUUUUGAGUUCGGGGGCCGAAGUCGAUGCAAGAGGUGGUUUUUUUAACUAUACAGCUCUGUCACAAGCCGCUUGGCGGGGUCAUGCAGAUGUUGUUGCAUUGUUGUUGGCUUCGGGGGCUGAUGACGAUUGUAACAGCGGUGGGAUGACACCGCUAGGAAGGGCUGCCGUCAAAGGCCACACGCGUGCUGUCAAGCUUUUGCUAGAAACACGCAGUGUUGAUCUCAGAGGUAACGAGAAUAUGCUGCCGCUAAUGUUGGCCACUGUUCGUGGCUAUGACUCUAUUGUCAAGCUUUUUCUGGACCACGGUGCAGUUUACCCUUCGUAUUUCUAUUCAUAG